AUGCGCCGUAUUGCCGCCGUCUUCGCUUCCAAGCGUUCAGACAGAUCCGACGCUGCCUCUUCCACCGCUGCCUCCACCACAACCCAGCACACCCAGCAGCCGGCCAAGACCCCAUCCUCAAAACGCUUCUUCCGAUCCCUCUCACGAAAGGCUAAACCCGUCGACCCGCUUCUCGACCGUCUCAACAGCGCCGACUUACACCCGCCCUCGUCGUCCUCGUCCUCCAGCGGCGCACCAACCACCCCUGACGAUGACCGUGGCUCUCUCCUCAGACUGCCUACAGCCAAGGUAUGGGCUCCGCUUCCACCCAUCCCUGUAGAUUCUCGACUCGGCUCCUUCCACCACCUGGACGCUGCGCCCCACGAUCGAUCACCUCUCUCCGUAAUACCGCGACCUAGCGUGUCCCCGUCCACGUUUGACACCGAAGAUGCCUCAUCCGAAGAGUCCUCUUUCGCGCCCGAUCUCUCGAGACCCCCGGAGCGCUCUACCCCGCUCUCUGCGCCAGCUUACCUCCUCGCGCUCUCGUUGAGUAAGCUUCGACCUCCCUACGCGCCUCCUCCCCUCCUCGACGUGCCCGGCGGCCCACUGUUUCCACGCUCGUGCAACGCGAGGCGCAGUCUCCCCUAUGCGGACAGCCUGGAGUCGACCAUGCACCGAACGAGGCUCCAGCGCCGCCUCGAACGCGGCGAUCUAUCCCCUGCCGAGACGCGCUCGAUAGCCUCGUUCGCCGGGCGACGGACCGUGCUCAAGGACCGUCCCUCGCUCUUCUUGGACGACACUGCGGUGCGCACCGGACACGCUAGAUCACACUCGGCGGGGCUGAGGAGGUGGGUCGACCGGCCGUGCUUCGAGGAUCGACUGCUCGUGCUGCUAGCCGAGAAUGAGCCGGCUGGCGGGCUCCAUGCAAACACAGAACCCCGCUGGACACGCGUGGAACCGGCGACAGGGUGCGGAGUGGCUGACCUCGAGUACUCCCUGACGCUCGAGCUUCUCGCAGGCCUGUACGAGGACAUACCUCCGUCCGAGCACGAACAGCAGCGGCAGGCGCCGGGCCCGGAGUCUUCGGCUUUGGCAUAUUUACGCUUAGACACCCGCCUGUCUCUCGACUCGAGCCCCUCCCUUUCUCUGACCCACUCCCCUACCGCGCCCAGCCCGUCGUCGCUGUCAUCGAUUGGCCCGCCUUCGCCGGUCACGAUGCCCUCCAGUCCACCGCCUGCCUCCCCGUCUGGUGCCAGUCCGAAGCCUGCCCAGCCUUCUGUGAUCUCGCCGUCGACGUCCUCCCGCGGCCAGCUCUACAAGGCCUCGCCUUCUCCCCUGAGGAUGGAAGCAGUGUCGGCGCCAUCUCCCCCGGCGAGCACGCCUGACAUUCCUGCAAGCGCGCCUGCCGUCUCCCCUGUCGUGUCCGCCUCGAUCGCACCAUCACCCGUCACAUCACCGCCACCAUCUGCGUCAUCAGCUGCAGCUCGUCUGAAACCCGCCUUGAAGCAGGGCGUUCGGUUCGCCGAGGGCGAGAAAGAGGACAAGGAAGACAAUGUCCCACUAGGGUAUGUGAUGCGGGUCCAGCAGAAGCGGGAAGAGAAGGCGCGGUUCCUGGCCGCGGAACGCGAGAGGCGGCAGCACGAGGAGGCGCGGCGCAAACACGAGGAAGAGAAGCGGAAGUGGGAGAAGGAGCGCGCGACGUGGGAGAGGGAGAAGCGUGCGAUGGAGGAAGAGCGCAAGAAGAGGCUGUAUGCGGAGGAGGUCGCCGCCGCCCGCGCUCGUCGCGAGAGCAGCCGCAUCGGCUUUGGGCCCGCGACAGGCGAGGGCCUCGCGGUGGGGCAGUGGGACCGCAGCGAGCGCCCGCGCCCGGACCGCGAGUCGUCCGCGUCGCCGUCGUUCUCGAGGCCCACGUACGAUCCCGCGCACGCGAUGCCCAGGACGUACUCGGACUCGUCGCUCGCUCGGCCGCCCCAUCCCAGUCGUGGUUCUUCGGGCUCAGGCUCUGGGUCCCCAGAGGAGUCGCGGCCAAACAGCGUUUACGGGUCGUGGUCUGGCGCCGGCUCUCGACCGCCUUCCAUGCAUUCUGGCGUACCAACGCCGUCUUCGUCGCAGCAAGACGUGCGACCGCGCGAGCGUCGCACUAGUUCAAGUCGCCGCGCCUCUAUGGUAUCCGAAUCAGGCAGCUCACGACCACGCAGCGAGGUCCCCGUCCCUCCCGUGCCCGUUCCAAACAUGUGGACGAUGAACAUGCCCAUGAAUAUGGGCGCUCCGAUGCCUAUGCCAGGAUUGGGCAUACCUAUGGCUAUGCCAGUAGGGAUGGGCAUGACGCCGAUGGGCAUGCCGAUGUAUGGCAUACCGAUGGACAUGCCCCUGCUACCGCCCUCGCCACCAUUUAUGCAGCAAUACGGCGGCCGGUCCUCCAGCCGCUCGCGCUCGCCUUCGGGCUCGCACAGCAACUCGCCGACGCUCUCGAAGCGGGCUCUGUCAUCGAACAACAGCAGCUCGGAACGUGUUAACCGCAUGUCACGCCAUGGGUACGACUCCUCUUCGGGGUCCGCGCGCGGCGCGUCCCUGCCGCGUUCGGAGUCUGCGUCGCCCGCGCGCUCACAGCGCCCGACACACGUCCGCACAGGCAGUGGAGACACGUCGCGCUCGAAUCGCCCGGCAGCCGCCCCGCGCAGCCAUACCGACCACGGGGACAGGCGAAGCUCCUCUGCCAAGCAGGCUCAGCAAGGCGUGAGGGCGGCACCACCACCACCACCAUCGGCGGCGGCGGCGGCGUCGAGCUCCCGCCCAAGGCCCACGCACACUUCGUCAUUGCCCCCCAAUCCCCCUGUUGCUUACAACCAACCACGUUCGUCGUGGGCCCUCCCGCAGUCCGGCUUCGAAAACGUGAGCCGACCUGCUGGGGGCCGACGGCAGACCAUCAUAUCAUGACACUGGCCCCUCGUCGCGCCUGUCCUUGACGCAUGCGUUCGCGCGCGCCUACAGGCCAUCACCAGGCCGGCCGUUCUUGUCGGACUUCACAUAUGUACGAACCAAAACACUCAAUGGGACGUUGGUGCGAAUCCAUCCUCUCUCAUUAUACCUGACCCGCAUCCGCUCUUUAACCGUAUUAUCUUGCUGUGUCUCGUUCUCCUCGUAAUCGCAUUUUUUCUUGGCCGCACAUUGCAUUGCACUCCCCUUUUCCUGCGACGGCGGCAGCUGCCGGCUGUCCUCACUCCUCCACUAGCCACUAGUCCCCGUCCUCCCACCCCUCUGUUCGCUCCCGUAUCCAUGCCCCAUCUCGCUUUCGUCAUUCGUGCACGCACUCGCUCAACCACGUACACUCCGCACUCGCACUGGGACAUCUGUCGCUCGCCCGACGCCCGCCAUCCAGUCCGUAGUCCAUAACGAAGACCGCCGUCAUGCCCCCAUCAUCCCUCAUCCC